UCAAAGAUCCAUUGCAAGAAUAUCUAAGAGGGUGGGCAGAUUUAAACUGGAGCAGACAGUGAUUACUCUGAUCCCAGACUAUUAGGGCUCUAAAUAUUAAAACCGGAACCUUGAAAUGUGCUUGGAAACUAACUGGGAGCCACUGACAAUGUGGGUGAAAAAUUACCUCCGCAUCCUGAAGAUAGGGAAAAGAGUCUGCAUUUGAAGCUUAUCACUUGCAUUUUCAGCAAACCAGACAUGGAAUUACUGGGUAGCAAAGCUCCGGAUACAGUACUUAUUCCACACACCCAAGUUGUUUUUGAGUGACAGUUGCCUUCUCUACAGCAGCACCUUCAGGGCUCUGUUUUGCUGGAAUCUCUGCAUUCCACUGUGGUUUUGUACAUGAGCCAUCAUGAAGUGAACUCUCUUGGCAUUCAUUAUUAAAGCGCUGUCAUCUGUGGUGGCUUUAGGAGCAAAUAUAAUCUGCAACAAAAUCCCAGGCUUGGCCCCCCGGCAACGAAUAAUCUGCCAAAGCCGUCCUGAUGCCAUUAUAGUUAUUGGAGAAGGGGCCCAGAUGGGAAUCAAUGAAUGCCAGUACCAGUUCCGAUAUGGCAGGUGGAACUGCUCAGCGCUGGGAGAGAAAACUGUCUUUGGUCAAGAGCUCCGAGUAGGAAGCAGAGAAGCUGCUUUCACCUACGCCAUCACUGCCGCUGGGGUUGCACAUGCCGUCACCGCUGCCUGCAGCCAGGGAAACCUCAGCAACUGUGGCUGUGACAGAGAGAAACAAGGUUAUUACAACCAAGAGGAAGGGUGGAAGUGGGGAGGCUGCUCCGCUGAUAUCAGAUACGGCAUUGAAUUCUCCAGGAGGUUUGUUGAUGCAAGAGAAAUCAGAAAGAGUGCUCGGAGGCUGAUGAACUUACACAACAAUGAGGCUGGAAGAAAGGUGCUUGAAGAGAGAAUGAAACUGGAAUGUAAAUGCCAUGGUGUUUCUGGUUCCUGUACAACCAAGACCUGUUGGACUACACUUCCUAAAUUCAGAGAGAUUGGAUAUAUUCUAAAAGAAAAAUACAAUGCUGCCGUGCAGGUUGAAGUGGUUCGAGCCAGCAGGCUUCGGCAACCUACUUUUCUGAAGAUUAAGCAGAUCAGAAGUUACCAGAAACCAAUGGAAACAGAUUUGGUAUAUAUAGAUAAGUCACCCAACUACUGCGAAGAAGAUGCUUCUACUGGGAGCGUGGGGACACAGGGACGGCUCUGCAACCGUACCUCACUCAGUGCCGAUGGGUGCGACAUGAUGUGCUGUGGAAGGGGUUACAACACCCACCAGUACACCAAAGUUUGGCAGUGCAACUGCAAAUUCCACUGGUGCUGCUUUGUGAAAUGCAACACGUGUAGUGAACGGACAGAGGUGUUCACCUGUAAAUAACAGCAGAGGUUCCAACUUUAAAAGGACACAACUGACACAUGUUAGAGUGGAACAAAACAACUGCAGCAUCAUUUUGCACAUUUAAUUUUCUUGUGUUGGGGGUGGGGGACCAGUCUCUUCCCUGUUACUUAAUAUCACACACUUCUAAGGACAAUGCGUAAUUUACUGGCUAGCUGCUUUUACUACAUUGGAGAAAAACGGGAUGGAUUAGGGCAACUUUGUUCAACACCAGCAAUGUCAAAUUUGGUUUUUCUUUUCCUUCCAACUGAGAGUUGUAGAGUUUUUCUUCUUAGAUUAAGUUAUACAUAUCAGAGACACUGACUCCAGGAGAUUAUUUUCAGAUUUAUAAUGCACACAAGCAUCUGCAAUGAGACUUUUUUUUUUCUAUUAAAAAAGGAGGGGAAUUAAAGUGUUCACAGAGGUACUAAAAUCCCAGCAGUGAUGCUGAAAAACUUUAUUUCUGAUAAAGAAAAAGAGAAAAAAGCAGGUACAAAAGGCAGCUGGUGAGAGAAAGAUAUAAAAUGGGGAUGGGUGGGUGGGCCGACAGAAUCUCAGUGAUGGAUUUGUUUGUAUACAAAUGUCAAAAUUCAGACACAGCGGCCAUUGACACUGGAAUCUUUUGAAUGGACAUUUGAGAAAAAAUAUUUUAUUUAUGUUUUUAAUAGCAACAAAACAAAUUUUCUAAGCACUAACGGGUAGCUAUGUCUUUGUUCUGUACUAAAUGUAAAUUUACUGGAACUUUGACUUCCUGAUUUUUAUUUUUUGUAUUUGGUUCUGCUCUCUGUUUUCUGUGCUACUGAUUUUAUGCACUCCACUAUUAAAAUGAAAUUGAUUAGUGUACACCCCAGGUAUACCCUGAAGUAAAGCAAGAACAGCUUGACUGUGGGAAACUGGGGUUAAAAUGAUAAUAUAUUGUGUCUUUGCACAACUCUUGAUAAUCCAAUUGGAGCAGCAGUAGUUUUGUUCCUAUCCUGAUUCUGCACAAGCUGUGAGAGCUAAGCUUGUAUGUGUUUAUUGACUGAUUUUUCAUUCCUUGAAUAACAUUUACAUGUUACAGCCAUGGCCGGGGUGCCAUUUUUCCAUAGGUUUGUAGGCCUUUAAGACUUCCACCAUAGAACAGGUCAUGGUCAGUUGUAUGGCACUUGACACAACCUUGUCACACAUGCAGACACACAUGCAGCUUGGUGGUGAUAUUUUGUGCUAAGGAAACAUUCAAUAAACAUGAAACUAUUGUGAAUGAUUGGUCUAUACUCUCCAACAGUCCCAGUUUGGCAAGGAUACUCCCCAUAAAUUCUUUGGGAUCCCUUUUUUCAUUAUCUAAGUUUAUGUCUUCUCUUGCCACUUGUCCUCAGCUUCUUUUUGUGCAAACUGAGUUCAGAGUGCAAAAGUAGUUUGCACUCACUUAAUUCAGCAGAGGGGAAGAGGACUUGACUUCUCAGUAGACUCAGGCAAACACAAACUGCUGUAACCUUUCCUAUGUUUAGUUUUCUCAUUAAUGAAAUUUGCCAUCUAGACUGCACUGGUGUUGCUUGGCCACAUGUGUCCAGGUUUUCAUGUGUGAAAUGUUAGAAGGUAUGCAAUUUUGUAUUAAUGACUCACCAUGUUUGCCCUGGCAACAUAGUUUCAUGCCCUUAAGCAUUACAUAAAAGGAGGAGUCUAUGGGAAAGAAAAUGUCAUGGCCUAACUGUAAUGUUUAAAAGAUACUUCAGCUCCUUAACAUUUAGUGCCUUAUGGCCUGGAUCAGAUUCUUACCUAAGCUGAAGAUGGUGAAGUAACAGGAUUACACAUUACCAUUCUCCAUAUUCAUAAAGCAAUUUGUGUGAAAUGGGUGCUGCAUAC